AUGGGAGACUGGAAUUUCCUUGGAGGCAUUUUAGAGGAGGUCCACAUUCAUUCCACAAUUAUUGGAAAGAUUUGGCUCACGAUUCUCUUCAUAUUUCGAAUGCUUGUCCUUGGAGUGGCAACUGAGGAUGUUUGGAAUGAUGAACAAUCAGAAUUUAUAUGCAACACUGAGCAGCCUGGUUGCAGAAAUGUGUGCUAUGAUGAGGCCUUUCCCAUCUCCCUCAUAAGAUACUGGGUCUUGCAAGUUAUUUUUGUGUCUUCCCCUUCCUUGGUGUAUAUGGGGCAUGCCUUAUACAGACUAAGAGCCUUGGAAAAAGAAAGGCAAAAGAAGAAAGCUCAGGUAAGGGUGGAACUUGAAAGCACUGAGUUAGAAAUGACUGAAAAUCGUAAAAGACUGGAGAGAGAGCUCCGGCAGCUGGAUCAAAGGAAGCUGAACAAAGCACCCCUGAGAGGCUCUCUGCUCUGCACUUAUGUGAUACAUAUUUUCACAAGAUCUGCAGUGGAAGUUGGCUUUAUGAUUGGGCAGUAUCUUCUUUAUGGUUUUCAUUUAGAUCCCCUUUAUAAAUGUCAGAGAGACCCAUGUCCAAACACAGUUGACUGCUUUGUAUCUAGACCAACAGAAAAGACAGUGUUUAUUUUAUUUAUGCAAUCAAUAGCAACUGUAUCAUUGCUUUUAAAUAUUCUAGAAAUUAUCCACUUAGGAUUCCGAAAAAUUAAAAUGGGACUCUGUGAGCAGAACAGAACCAAAGAUGACUCUGAGAAUUUCUACAUAAACAAAUCUAAGAAAUACUCUGUGAUACCACAUUCUUCUUUGGGAAUAUCCACCACCCCUCAGAAAACACUUCCUUGUGCCCUUAGCAAUUAUACCUUUCUGAUGGAAAAGCAAACUGACACUAUGCUCUACCCAGUUUUAAAUUCUCCUUCUAUGUUUCAGUCUGUGCCAAAUAACCGUACAGAAAGCAGCAGCAAUUACACCCACUGCAAUCAGGAAAAGAAACCUCCAAAGAAGAGGCCAGCUACAAAUGCUUUGGACAGUCAGACUCAAAAUGCUAGCACAAAUAAUAAUGAAGGCUUUCUUGGUGAGAUUUGGACUGAGACACAUAAUGCACAAGAAGAGGCUGAAAAGAAACAUUUUCUUGUUGAUACUCAGAAUGCAGACACUGCUGCAAACGUGUACUUGAGAAGCUUUGCUGAGAUGCCAUCUCAAACUUCAGUGCAGCCUGGUACAACUUUUCCUGGUACCAGUUGUAGACGACAGGCAGUGGUUGAGAGCACAGGAGCACCACCAAAUUCUCUUCCAAGGAACAGUGACAGAAGACAAAGCAGUUUCAGUUCAAACACAGCCCAAAUUCCUUACAAUGCUGAUGGAAAAAAUUCCAGCCGACCAGACACUUCAGAUUCUAUGGGGGUGGUGAGCUCAGAAUCCACACAGAGCAGAAACUGGAACAGUCCUAAGCUUUUCUCUCUGUCUAGGCAACAGUCACUGUCAAGUAAUGCCAGCAGCAGGCGUGCCCCCACUGAUCUUCAAAUAUAA